AUGUGCGCAUGGAACAACCAUUAUUGCUGGCCGGGUACAUGCGGUGGUGGAUUAGCAGAGAACUGCGUGUGUGCUUCUGGUUUCACGAAGAUAUAUGUAGAAGACGUUAGUGACAUCAAUGCAGGGGAAACAUCGUGUCAACUCGACGGCAAAACGUUGCCAGAUUUGUUGACAUGCAACACAGUAGCAGUGGGAGUUAAUGGAGAAAAGAAACGCGCUCUUAGUCCAGGAACAUCGACAUCGUGUCCCUUUCUUCAGGACAUGUACGGAAACUUUCAACCAGUGAAAAUGGAAAUAGAAUUUACCUCAGAAUUUACUGUCAAUAUUUCGUCCUAUGCCAGCAGUCGGCCAUCUUUUAUCAAAGAGGAAAACUUCGGGGCAUAUUCAGAACUGUCAGUGCACCAGUUGUUAACAGACACAACCAGUAGCUCCUCCGUCAAACAGACCAACCAUGACCUUAUCAAUAUAACAGUCUCUGAUCACAAGUACAAUCUUCAGAAUGGCGAAGCAUUAUGCGUGGAGUUCAUAUCAAAGGCUGGGGGAUACCUAAAGAGCAUUGAUACAAGAGGGACAGACCAUUUAAUAUCAGCCCCUGUGCCUUACACGAAAGUAGCACAAAGCCGCACACUUUGCUACAGGUAUGAUACUGCUGCCCCAGAGCACUGCUCACAAUUAGGAUCGUGCACAUCAGAACCACUCAGGCUGCACCAACGAAUAACCCGAAUUCCAUCAACCAGAGUCGAGUUUAUUGGUUGGGUUGAUCCAAUUCCAAACGGGGGAGAAACAACACAAGCUUCGUCAGUGGAGAGCUUUCAAAUAACAGUGAAUGAAGUACCGCCAUCAAAGGGGCCAUUGAAGGUUGACUAUAACAAAAACGUUUUGUCACAAAAAUUUGACCAUAACAUUCAACACAUUGACUUGAAUCUGACAGUUACCGCACCACGCUUAUACUGUAUAACAUUGGAAGUAAAAGAUGUGGCAGAUAAUGUGAAACAGGCUAGACGUUUUAUGUUAGUUGACGGUACGAGCUAUAUAGAAACAUGGAACGAAAAACCGUUCAUAUUUAGCACUGCUUCUCCAGCUACACAAUUUCAAUGGCAAACAAACCAUAACAACAUAUGUCUUACAUGGACAGACCACUUUUGGAAUUUAUGA